AUGUCGCCAUCAGUCCUUCGCGUCGGCAUCCUAGGCGCAUCACCAAAAAACCAGACCACCCUACUCUCAACCAUCCACUCUCUCCCAAACCUCUUCAAGCUCACGAUCAUCUACCACCCAAGCAAUGAAGCAGCAAAAGUCUACCAAGACCAGUUCAAAAUCCCCCACAGCACAACAUGUGCCAGUGACAUUAUCACCCACCCAGAGGUAGAUCUAGUUGUGAACCUUCUCCCAUUUGAAUCCCAUGAAGCAUACACCAUCAUUGCCCUCGAGGCAGGCAAGCACGUCAUGGUAGAGGUACCUUUGAGCAUGAGCCCCAACGGUCUCCGUCGCAUCAGUGCAGCCAAAAAGAAAGGCACAACAGCCAAUACUCAACCCAAAGUCUUUGUCGGAUGUGCCCGUCGCUACGCGCCUUGUUUCACAGAUAUCUUCAAAAAGGAGCUCGCCAGCCUCGGCCGCAUCCACUAUGCACGAUGCCGUAAUAUCGCGGGUCCAUUACAUACCCAACCUCCUCUUCAAGCUCCAACUCCUACCCCAACUCCAACAUUCCUUGCACCUGAAUCCGCAAAAGAAAACAAUCAUCCUCGUGUGCGCUCAAAUGGAAACCUCACAAGACUCCAGGCUGAAGCUAAGUCUAAUGGGAUAUUGUCUAUCCCGACACUCCCGCUAUUCAAUGCCCUUCUUUCUGAGGUCUUCGGCUCAACUGAUGACCUUACACCAGACCGUGUCGCAUUUUGUCGAUUCUUGGGUAAUCUGGGUUGUCACGAUCUCUCACUGAUGCGCGAGUCACUUGGGUUUCCUGAUGCAGUCGCGAAUGUAGCUAUCACGGACCCGUUUUACUCGGCUAUUUUCCAUUACACGGAUUCAAGGGAUAAGAAGUCGAUUGAAGGCGCAGGCGAUUAUGGGGGAGAGAACGCCAAAAUUCUCGAUGGACAUCCGUUUACAGUCAUGUAUGAAACGGGUAUGGACUCUGUACCCCGAUGUGACUCCCAUUUGACGGUUUACGGGGCUACGAAGACGAUUUCCGUGGAAUAUGACUUUCCCUACUUAGCUUCCACGGAAGCGAGUGAGGGAGGCCUGGUGCGAGUUAUUGUGGAAGAGGGCGAGAGUGAUGAUGACAAAGUGCUCGGUGCUAAUGGGAGCGAGAAUGUGGUUGUUAAUGGGAAGAGCGGACUUCGUCACCGGGUGAAGAGAACUGAGUUUGUGAGCUCUGCUGCGGAGGCUUUUGAGCGGGAGUUUCUCGCUAUGCAUGCCUAUCUUACUGAGACGGAUGUGCCUGAGUCUGGUGUGGAGGCUAAGACGACCGAUGAUGAUGCGUGGAUGGACCUGAAGCUGCUGCGUAUGAUCUUUAAGCAUUAUGAUCGACAGUGUGGGACUAUUCGGACACCUUUGGGUUAG